GUUAUAUUCGUAGGAAAAUUCCAGCGGGAACAAGAUCUAACCUCUUUGUGCGCUCAGAAAUGUAAUUAUAAGACUGUAUUUCAGUUGUCAGUUUGCUUUACCCGUAUUAGAAAACAGACACUCUUACCCCAACACUUUUUUUUAUCCCUGAGUAACAUGUUUCUGUUACGGAAAUACGAUUGGGUACACAUGCGCGCCGGUACAGUUAUGUCAAUAUGAACCUUAAACAUCCAAAGACAUCGUUAUAAGCAAAGACUUCAGGCCAGAACUGGAAGUUCAAUUUCACAUUUCAUACUCAGCUCCAGAAGUUAAUUAUUAAGCUGCACAUGUAAACACACUUAUGUAAAAUGGAUUUGAUGAAGUGGCCAAUAUUUAGCUUACUAGAACCAGAUUUUGUUUACAAAAUAAAGAUGGCUUGUGUUUAUGGCAAUCUAGGUAAUGAAGCAAUUAUGGUGACCGAAAGUGAUGAAGUGUUUGCUAUUGGUUCAAAUGCUGCUGGCUGUUUAGGACUUGGUGAUUUACAGAGCACACUGUUUCCAAAGAAGGUGGAAGUUUUAUGUUAUAAAAAGGUAAAAGGUUUUGCAUAUGGUAGUGGCCCACAUGUGAUAGCCUUCACAGAAACAGGAGAUACAUAUUCUUGGGGCCAUAAUGGGUACUGUGAACUUGGAAAUGGUUCUUCAAAUCAGUGUUUAUCUCCAACAGUAAUUGGUCCAAAUUUGUUUGGUAAAGAAGUGAUAGAAGUGGCAUGUGGAAGUCACCAUUCACUGGCUUUAACAAGAGAUGGAGAGGUUUAUGCAUGGGGUCAGAAUAACUGUGGACAGGUAGGUUCAGGAAUGAGCACCAAUCAGAGUAUUCCAAGAAAAGUAAAUUCUAUUAUUGGAACAAAGAGAGCCAUAUCCAUAGCUUGUGGCCAGACAUCAUCAGUGGCCGUAUUAGAAAAUGGUGAAGUGUAUGGUUGGGGCUUCAAUGGGAAUGGGCAGCUUGGUUUGGGAAACAACGUGAACCAGCUGAAUCCUUGCCGAGUGCUUAACCUCCAAGGUAUAGUUAUAACAAAAGUUGUUUGUGGCUAUGCCCAUACAAUGGCCCUUUCUGACGUUGGUGCACUGUAUGUGUGGGGAGCAAAUACUUAUGGACAGCUUGGAACUGGAAACAGAUCUAAUGUUUCAGCACCAGUUCAUGUGGCAUCAGAAAUCGGCAGGAUUGUAGAUGUAGCAGCAACUCACUAUAAUCACAUAUCAACUGCCAUGACACAGAAUUCGAAAGUGUAUAUGUGGGGGCAAUGCAGAGGUCAGAAUGUAAAAAGUCCAACAGAAACUCCAUUUACAUCUUUACAUGAUGUGUUUGCAUGUUUCGCAACGCCAAGUGUAAUGUGGAAACCGAUGGGAGUAGACUUGGAUUCUGGUGAAAAAGUAACAGAUAGUUUGAAAACUGCCUUUGAUAAUCCAAGCAGCAGUGAUUUGACAAUUACAGUUAAAGGAACACCAAUACAUGUACACAAGGCUGUUCUGAAAAUAAGGUGUCAGUAUUUCCGAUCCAUGUUCCAAGACCACUGGGAGGAAGACAGCAGGAGUGUUCUUGAAAUGGACCAGUUCUCAUAUGUGGUAUAUCAUGCGUUUCUGCAGUAUUUGUAUACAGAUGAAGUGAAUCUUCCACCAGAGAGUGCUCUCGAAUUGCUUGAUCUUGCCAAUGCUUACUGUGAGAUACCACUGAAAAGGAGAUGUGAACAGAUAAUAAAACACGGAAUAACAAUAGAAAAUGCUGCAAUGUUAUACUCUACAGCCAUUGCAUAUGAAGCUAAG